AAAUGGUAGAAAAGCAAGUUGAAAAGUGAAAGUCGUGUUCAUGUUUAAAAAAAAAAAAAAAAAAAAACAAAAACUUCCCUAAGAACCUCAAUGAGAAGAAAGUUCAUCUAAAUUCAAAUGCAUCUAUCUAUCUUCAAUCAAAAAGGCGGCAAAUUAAAAGCGUCAUAAAGCAAAAAAAAAUUGUAGAAGAAGAAAAAAAACGCCCAUUUCCGUUCAAUACGUGUUUACGUUCGCUUAAGGUCUACUUCCUGCUGCGUUUUACUUUAUUAAUACAAAUACAAAACGAGAAAAUUGCAUGAACGACAAUAACUCAGCAAAUAUUACAAGUUACAAGUAGUAUAUGAAAGAAAGCAUAUGAAGAAUGCUUCUUUAUUCAGUUUUAAAAAAAUUUUCCUACACCACAAAAAAAUGAAUAGAAAAAUUGUCCAAUCUCCGAAUCCGGACUUGAGCCAGUGAACUAAAGUUCAUCAAAAUAUCGUGAAAAUUUCGAUACAAAAAUAUAUGGGAAGACAUUAGACGGAUCGAAAUAUAAUCCAAAGGGAUCCGUCUAAAGUCGUUUUCGGCGUUACACAUAUCCAUACAAACUUCUUUUAUCACGUACCACAAGUGAUCGAAUAUAUAGCAAAUAUAUAGCGGGACCAAUAUGUUGGGUGUUGGCAAUUUUGCAUUUUUAAGACAGACAUGGAUCUUAAACUCUCUCGAACUGAUUCGAAUUGGGAAAUUAUUUGAAGAUUAAUGCUUUCAUAAUGGAGACGCAAUGACAACCUUUUAUGAAUCUACGUACGUACUGAAGAUCAAUUUCAAAUCAGUUUAUUUGAUAUUAUCGCGACAAUGAAUUGGACGCAGUCAUCGAUAUUAGCACAACCGCUUAUCAAUGCAGAAGCUAAUAGCGCCUAUGAAUGGUGCAAUAAAUCAUUAAUCUCUAAUGAUGAUCGGACAUACAAUUGUAACUUGGGUGAUAGCGUUAACAAAAUAAGCAGUAAUUUUACAAACCAUAAUCCAGCCGAUAAUAUUUCAUUUAUAUUACCCGUAUGGCGUCAGAUGCUAUGGAGUCUCCUAUUCGCAAGCAUGGUUUUUAUAGCAACUAGCGGCAAUUUAAUAGUUGUAUGGAUUGUCUUAACAACAAAACGUAUGCGUACAGUCACUAACUAUUUCAUAGUGAAUUUAUCAGUGGCAGAUGCGAUGGUCUCGUGCUUAAAUGUAACAUUCAAUUAUAUCUAUAUGUUGAAUAAUGAUUGGCCGUUCGGUGAGUUAUAUUGCAAAAUAUCGCAAUUCAUAGCGAUACUAACCAUAAGUGCUUCGGUAUUCACUUUAAUGGCAAUAUCAAUCGAUAGAUAUGUGGCGAUAAUGAAGCCUUUUAAACGCCGUCGUAUGAGUAAACGUUGCAAUUUGGCAAUUGCUGCUGUUAUAUGGAUUGCUUCGGCCAUUAUUUCCACUCCUAUGCUAUUAUUUUUUACAACUAGUCAUAUAUUCACUGUGGAUGGUGUGCGAACCGUCUGCUAUCCAGAAUGGCCGGAUGGUACAACAAAUCAUUCACGAUUGGAGUACAUAUACAACAUAUUGUUUAUGAUAUUAACCUACUUUUUGCCUAUAAUUUCGAUGACGGUCACUUAUUCGCGCGUGGGUUUCGAAUUAUGGGGUUCGAAAGCAAUAGGAGAAUAUACACCACGUCAAGUUGAAAAUAUUAAAAGUAAAAGAAGGAUUGUCAAAAUGAUGAUGGUCGUAGUACUAAUAUUUGCGGUAUGCUGGUUACCCUUUCAUGCAUAUUUCCUUUUGACUUCGUGUUAUCCGGCGAUCACGGAAGCACCAUUCAUCCAAGAGAUCUAUUUACUUAUUUAUUGGCUGGCCAUGAGUAACUCUAUGUACAAUCCUAUUAUCUAUUGCUGGAUGAAUUCGCGAUUCCGCUUCGGAUUUAAAAUGUUUUUCCGCUGGUGUCCUUUUAUGCGAAUCGGCCGUGAAAGUUUGAAUGAUCAAAGCAAUAUGACAUCAAGAUAUUCCUGCUCCGGUUCACCAGAUCAUAAUCAUAUUAAGCGCAACGACACUCAAAGAACCAUACUCUAUACAUAUCCAAGAUCUCCCAAAAGUCGGGAUCGUUCUUCUUUUCAAAGCGGUAGCCUAAAGCAAGCACACGAACUGAGGGAUCUAAAAAACUGUAAUAUAUAUCAUUAAUUGGUCGAUGAAGAUGCUAUACAGGGAGAUGUUUCUCCCGAUAUAGAUGCUUGGAAUAUAUUUAGAACAAACUUAGUACUGAACCUAUAGAAGAAUGCAUUAAUAUAUUCAACGAUUCAUUGCAAUUAUCUAAAGGCUCUAAGAAGGCUGCAUAAAACUUCAAAAUAAUUGUUGGAAAUCGUAUCAAGUUAUUUUAUGAUAAGAGCAUAAAGCAAUUAAUUAUAUUAUAAUUGUAAGAAGUCCACCGCUUUAAAACAAAAAAAAAAAA